UUGGUUCUUCUCUUAACGUUUGGGAUUAGUAAGUGAAAGAUUUUCACUUAUUUAGGCGCACGGGGGAAGCUGAGACUAAGUUCGGUUUCCCCCUGGGCUCGAAGAUAUGGAGAUAACAUCAGACACAGAGGACGCAGAGCGCAGGAGAGAACACUGGAAACUUCUGUCCAGUCUCAAGACCACGGUCGAGGGACUGCUGUCGACUAACAACCCCAAUGUCUGGUCUCGUUAUGGAGGUCUUCAGCGGCUGCACAAAGACAUGAACAACAUUCUGAGUCAUGGCUUAAAGCAUGAACAGGUGUACUAUAAACAGAAAGACUACUGGCGUUUCAUUUGGUGUGUGAGGUACAUUAGCCCCCAUCUGGCCUCUAAUGUGGAACAGUUCAGUCAGUUGGAGCCAGUGCUGAGCAAUGGGGUGCAGAUCCCAGGAGAGAGCUACAAGGCUGAACGCUGGCUUUUGCACAGUCUGCAGUCUCAUCUCCUGUCUGCACAACUAAAGCCUCUGCUCAAACACCAGGCCAACACCCGCAAAUACUACAACGAUGAGGCAUUUCUCCUCAGCGAGCCACACGUUACAGCUAUGUUUCAGUGUCUGGAGGCGGUGGAGCAAAACGACCCUCGUCUCCUGGCCCUAAUCGACACCGUCAGACUGUCUCACCUGAAGGAGCCUCUGUCUCUGGGCCUGCUGAAGAGCCAGAGCCUGUGUCUGCUGCCUGGAGCCGGGAAUAGCUGGAAAACUGCCGAGGGUUCCCAGUCCGCCCUGUCACGUCGCCUCACGAUCUCCCAGUGCUCACUCAGAGAGAGUCCUUCCAGUGGCUCUCAGACGGAGAGCAGCUCAGACGUCACACCUUCAGGUAGUGGUAUAGGAGCCCCUUGGGUAUGCAGCGCUGGGGAACAGAGUACCCCCGAUUCAGGGAUCCCCAAAAUAUCCUUCACCGAGCCCACCUCCCCAGCCCAGACGGAGACGGGAGACUCGGCUGAGGGGGAGCUGGAUGAUGGGCCGGAGUAUCUUGCGAUCGGUAACCUAGGUCAGCGUGGCCGAAGGGACUCUAACAGCUCUUCCCAGAGUAGCCAGUCCUCUGAGAGUCAGGGCGCUGGGCGUGUUGCUACGGCGAUGCCCCAGCCGCGCCGCGGCUCCUAUUCAGAGGGUCAGAGAGGAUCUGGGAGGAGCUCCAGGGGCCACACGAGGUCACUGUCUGACACCGGCAUCUCGCAGAGACAGAGACAUGGGGGACACCACAGGAAAAUCACCAUUAUAAUAGAGGAUCCCGUAGCAGAGUCUGCUGCAGAUGACCCGUGUGCCAAGAACUAUGGGCCUUUUUCUCCCCAAAGCAGUGACAGCAGCAACUCCAGUUCCCUUUAUAUGGAGUCUAAUGGCCAAGAGUACCACACCAUCCCAGACCGCAUGUUCCGGAAGCCCUCGGAGGGCCAGAGUCUCAUCAGUUACCUGUCAGAGCAGGACUUUGGCAGCUGUGCUGAUCUGGAGAAGGAGAAUGCCCAUUUCAGCAUCUGUGAGUCUCUGAUCGCAGCCAUUGAGCUGAUGAAGUGUAACAUGCGUGCUCGGAUGGAGGAGGCAGAGGAGGAAGGAGACAGCGACUGUGAGAUCCAGCAGCUCAAGCAGAAAAUCCGUCUGCGCAGGCAGCAGAUCCGUCGCAGCCGGCUGCAGCCCAGCCUGCCCUCCAAUCAUGCGUUCCACUCCACAGACAGCGGGGACUCCCACCGUAGCUCCCAGGAUUCCUUUCACCCCUCAGACUCCGGCUCAGCUGAAGAGGUGGACGACUUUGAGCUGCGAGAUGGCACUGAGGGGCAGUCUCUGCUGGUGGUGGCUGAGAGUGGUCUGUCCCUGUCACUCGCCUCUCUCUUCUCAGAUGCAGAUAUUAAACGCAGUGCAACGUCCAGCAGCAAGUCUUUCCUCAGCUCAGAGUCAAUUUCUCCCUCCUUCCUCCAGUCUAACUCAGCCGAAUCUGUGGCAAUGGGUCUUCUUAAACAGUUUGAAGGCAUGCAGUUACCUGCUGCCUCAGAGCUGGACUGGCUGGUUCCUGAGCAUGAUGCUCCCCAAAAGCUCCUUCCCAUUCCUGACUCCCUGCCCAUCUCCCCUGACGACGGGGAACACGCCGACAUCUAUAAGCUGCGUAUCCGAGUGCGAGGGAACCUGGAGUGGGCUCCUCCUCGGCCGCAGAUCAUCUUCAACAUUCACCCGGCUCCCAAGCGUAAAGUGGUGGUGGCCAAGCAGAACUACCGCUGUGCAGGCUGCGGCAUCCGCAUCGAUCCAGAUUACAUAAAGAGACUUCGUUACUGUGAGUACCUGGGUCGUUACUUCUGUCAGUGCUGCCAUGAGAACGCCCAGGCGGUUGUGCCCGGACGAGUGUUGCGAAAGUGGGAUUUCAGCAAGUACUACGUCAGCAAUUUCGCCAGGGACCUGCUGGCCAAGAUUGCAGGAGAUCCCCUCUUCAACCUUAACGACAUCAACAGCGGCCUUUACAAGAAGGUUAAAGCCCUGGAGACAGUCCGGGUCUUAAGAGUCCAGUUAAACCACAUGAAGACUCUGCUUAAGACGUGCCGUUUUGCCAGAGAGCUGUUGGAUCAGUUUGACACAGUUCCUGGUCACCUGACGGAGGAUUUGCAUCUUUUCUCCCUCAAUGACCUGAGCGCCGUACGCAAUGGAGACCUGGCCCCCAGGCUACGGGACCUGCUUCGUUUGGGUUCCACCCACGUUUCUGGCUGUGUGCUCUGCCAGGCCAAGGGCUUUGUGUGCGAGUUUUGUGGCAAUGACAAAGACAUCAUCUUCCCCUUUGAGCUGAGCAAGUGCCAGCGAUGUGAAGAUUGUAAAGCGUGCUACCACAGAACCUGCUUCAGAAACGGCAAGGAGUGCCCGCGGUGCCAGCGACUAGCGGAACGACGAGAGAGGAUGGCACGAAGGAACAUGGAGGAACAGGAGGACCAUGAGGAGGACGAAGGAGGUGGGACUUAGGGCUGACGGACAGCCGUAAAAUCCAGUGACAGCACAAUGAAACAAUGAUUGUAAAGACUGACACUCAAUGAAACUCUCACCUUUGGACUCCUAUAUGUGCGCCAUUCUCCAAGUUCCCUUGUCUCCUGAUAGAACUUUGUUUGGAGGUAUUUGCAAAACAAAU